AAAAGAAAAGAAAACCAAACACGUUAACAAAAAUCACCUCAUAAACCUUAGCUUUGCCCAUCAACAGAAACUGCCUCAAAAGUGCCAAGAGAUUGUCUUUAUUAUCCAUAUUCACAAGAUUUCAGUUGUCCUGGAAAAUAUUUCUUUAAGCUUAGAUGAGUUACUUAGCUAAAUCAUUUCAUAAAUUCUAACUCGCGUGGUUUUAUGGUAAUUUAAACACCAAUGUCAAAAUCUUUGACUAUGGCGUCUACCCAAAGAGAAUAAAGGUUUCUGUGCAGCUCCUAAGCCAGGCCGCAACUGAUGAAAAUAUUUGCACCGAGUGGACCUUUGAACCCGGCUUCUGUUGCUUCUAAGGUCUAACCAACCCACAUUGAGACCUUUAAUACCUAAUUAAUCAUGACAAUCACCACCAAACUCCUCUUAUAAAUGGUAAAUGACCAAAUUUCAUGACCUAAUCUUGCUAGUCAACCCAACAAUAGUUCAUUGCACUCUCCUUCUGAGUCUAAAUGUCAUUUUGCCAAAUGAAAAAGGAAUCAAAGAACAGCCCAUUUAGAAGUCUCCCUAGUUGAAAUUCAGAAUUUUACUUGGUUCUCUUAGACAUGGAGGCUAAAAUAUUUUUCUAUAUAAACCCAUCAGUUUGUUCUCCCAAGCCAAGACCUCAUAAUUCACUUGGGUUACUAUUACUAGACAAUGAAGAUGGGUCGGAGCCAUGGAGCAAAAUGGUUCAUACUCUUCAUGACUGUCUCUUUGUUGGCAGUCUGCCAGGCCAGAACCAUUGUUGUCGGAGGGUCUGAAGGUUGGCGUUUUGGCUUUAACUACACUGACUGGGCUAUCCAAAACAGUCCCUUUUACAUCAAUGACAAACUCGUUUUCAAGUAUGAUCCUCCAAGCAACUCCAGCUCUGCUUAUAGCGUCUACUUGCUGCCAUACCUUUGGAGCUUUGUGGAUUGCAAUUUAAGCGAUGCGGAUCUGUUGGCGAAUGCAACGCAAGGAAGCGGUGAGGGCUUUGAGGUUGUGCUGGACCAGUGGAAGCCUUAUUACUUUGCCAGUGACGGUGGCAAUAGCUACAACUGCAAAGAUGGUCUGAUGAAAUUCUUUGCAGUGCCAUGGCCUCACCAAUAGAUUUCUUGAUGACAGAAUUAGAUGCCGAUGAUCUGAUCGGCAAAGAAGCUCGUUUUAUAUUUGACCCUUUAGAAUAAUACUGAAGGUUAUUGUGUGAAUGGCAACAUAGAUUUACUUAAUUUCUUUGUUAUGGUGUUGUACAAGUUAAAGAGGAAAUAAAUAUCAGCGCAUAUUUUACUUAUUGAUUUA